AUGUCAACCUCCACCGAGGACCGCGAGGUCAUGGAGAGGAUCGCUCGCCUGGCCAGUCGCGUUAAUCGACACAAGAAUCAGCAGGCCGGCCUCAUCCCUCCCCCGCCCUUCCGAGCCCAGCACCAUACAGGGUACUACCGAGGAUCCCACCGCGGACAUCCGUACCGUGGUUACCAUGGUGCCCCGAGGCCUGUCCAUCGUAACAGGACUCUGGUUUUGAAUGGCGCCUCUCCGUCAAGCAGAUCUGUCGACGAUCACGGAGCUUCAUCAGAUACCUCUACCAGUUCUUGGGUCCACAAGAAUGACCGCCAUCUUCAGAUCAUCAACUCCUCGGUCUACCAGCAGGAAGCACCGUCACGUCGCCAGGCAAUGGAACAAACUCGGCAACAGCAACUCGCCGCGAAAAACAGACAAGAGCGCGCCAAGUUGAUCAGUCAUCUCAACCGAUUGGCAAACAAUGGAGGCUAUGAGACAGCUAACCAUCAGAAAACCGCCGGCAAAUAUGUUAUCACCGUUGACGGCAUCCAAUUCACCGUGACGAAACAAGGCAGCAAGCUUGUCAAGGUUCCCGGCGAUGGAAACUCGGCAAAGGCAACCCCCAGGAUGGCCGUGGUUGGCGGUGUCAAGUUUUACAGAAGCAAGAACGGCAACCUGUAUCGGCAUGGCGUUGUCAAAGCCCAGCGACAAUCUGGCACCGUGAAGAAAGUCAACGUGCCUUGCAAACAGUUUUCGAUGAUGGGCUCCUGCGCCAAAGGCCCCCAGUGCCGGUAUACCCACGACCCCCACAAGGUUGCCAUCUGCAAAGACUUUUUGCUGGGCGGCUGCCCCAACGGCGAUGACUGCGAUCUCUCCCAUGACCCCACCCCCGAGCGCACCCCAGCCUGUUUGCACUAUGCUCGAGAUAGCUGCACCAAGUCUGAUUGCAAGUAUGCUCACGUGAAAGUGUCUACAGCUGCCCCCGUAUGUCGCUCCUUUGGCUUCUACGGCUACUGCGAAGGAGGUGCAGAAUGCCCCGAGCGGCAUGUGUUUGAGUGCCCCGAUUUUAGCAACACAGGCACGUGUAAGAUCCGGGGUUGUAAGCUCCCCCACCGAGAGAGGGCAAGCGUCCUUCGCAAAGCGUCGAGCUUUAAGAGCGAAGACGUAGAGAUGGAGGAUGUUUCAAGCGACGAUGAUGGGGAGUCUAUCGAUGACUACGAUGUGGACUCGGACGAGGUUGACGAGUUCAUUGGCGAGGAUGAGACUGGUGGUCUCGAUUUCACUGAGCAAAAGGACUUCAUCGAACUAUGA